AUGCAUAAUAUAAUUGAGUGCUCAGGCGGGCACUAUGUGGAUGUUGGCAGUACCAAGUUGCUGGCAGAGGGUAAAGCUGGUAUCAAGUCUGAGGUUGAGCCCAUUGCAUACACGCCAUCAGGGCUGCAGUUGUCAGAUGGCAGCUCCAUCAACGCAGAUGCCAUUGUAUGGUGUACAGGAUACGCAGAUAAGGAUAUCCAUGAUUUUGCCGCCCAGAGCUUGGGCGGUCGUUCUUUGGGCGAGGACAUAAAUGGAAGUGAGGGUGAUGUGAUCAGUCCCGCCGCAAUUGUCGCUCGCCUGGAUGCAACUUGGGGAAUCGACGUGGAGGGUGAAGUUCGUGGCAUGUGGAAGCGCAAUUUGCGACUUGAUAACUUCUGGAUUAUGGGUGGCCAUACCCAACACCACCGGUGGCACUCACGCACGCUGGCUCUUCAAAUCAAGGCAGCAGUAGAGGGUGUACUGCCGCCUGCAUAUCGGGAUACAACUCACCCCUAG